UGCUCCAAGAAAUCCUCCUUUAAGACCUUUUGAUUCACUCAUAUAAUACAUUCUAAGCUUUCAUCUCUGGUUCCAUAAAUUGGAACUGUGUGUGUGUGUGUGUGAGAGAGAGAGAGAGAGGGGAUAUCUAGACGUCUAUUUCUAGACACCUCUCUUUCUUGUUUUUUCUUAUGAAAAUUUGGUGCUGUUCUUGCCCGCAUCCAAGCUAUGCCAUCAAGUUUUGCACUUUCAACAAUCUUCAUCACCAUCAUCAUCUCCAUUGCAGUAACAAAUGCCACUCCCCUCCAUUUCAGGGAAGCCCCAAAGUUCUAUAACUCCGCCAACUGCCCUUCUAUUACUUCUCCAUCUUCCCCCGCCGACGGUACCACCAACUCAACCUUUUGCUUUAAUAGCAAUGCCAUAAACGUGGCAAUGACCCUCGACGCCGCCUACCUCCGCGGCUCAAUGGCUGCCAUUCUCUCCGUCCUCCAGCAUUCCUCCUGCCCCGAGAACAUAAUCUUUCACUUUGUCGCUUCCUCCUCUGCCAACUCCUCCGACCUUCACCGCACCAUUUCAACCUCAUUCCCUUAUCUUCAGUUCAAGAUAUAUCCUUUCGACGACUCAGCCGCCGCAGGCCUCAUCUCAACCUCCAUCAGGGCAGCCCUCGACUGCCCGCUCAACUACGCGCGCAACUACCUCGCCGAUCUCAUCCCAUCAUGCAUUCGAAAGAUCGUUUACCUCGACUCAGACCUCGUACUCGUCGACGACAUCGCGAAGCUCGCCGCAACCCCUCUGACCAACGACGCCGUAUUAGCUGCGCCGGAAUAUUGCAACGCCAACUUCACCUCCUACUUCACGCCGACGUUCUGGUCGAACCCUUCUCUUUCCUUGACUUUCGCGGACAGGAAAGCUUGUUACUUCAACACGGGAGUUAUGGUGAUUGACCUUGAGAGAUGGAGGGCUGGAGAUUAUACAACAAAGAUUGUGGAAUGGAUGGAGCUUCAGAAGAGGAUGAGGAUUUACGAGCUGGGUUCUUUGCCGCCUUUCUUACUCGUCUUCGCCGGUAAUAUAGCUCCGGUGGAUCACCGGUGGAAUCAGCACGGCCUAGGGGGGGAUAACUUCCGGGGGCUUUGCCGUGAUUUGCACCCGGGUCCAGUGAGCCUAUUACAUUGGAGUGGAAAGGGUAAGCCGUGGGCCCGGCUCGACGCGAACCGGCCUUGCCCGCUGGAUGCUUUGUGGGCACCUUAUGAUUUGUUAAGAACGCCAUACAUUCUUGACUCUUGAGGAGUUGAGCAAGAUGGAUGAACAUGACACAAAGAGAGAUCAGAGAUCGUCUGAGAAUUGUGAUCCUACUCUUUUUCGUGUGAAUUAUAGAUAUAUAGCAGUUGCAUAUAAAUGUUUCAACUCAAACAUGGUACGUAGAGGUGAGUAAGAAUUGUUUGUACAUUAUAUAUAUAUAUAUAUAUAUAGCUACAGACAAAUUUUACAAUCUUACUCCAGGCCAUGUAUAUGUAGCUGAGAAACAGUUGAGAUUACGUACUACAUGCGAUAUACGAAGAACAUAUAUCAUAUUCAUACAUAAACCUAUCUUCUUACACCUCAGUAGUUUAUCCGUCUAGACCUUGCACUCAUUAAUCAUUAACCCCCUAACCUCGCAAUUUAAGUUGAAG